AACAAGGAGAAGAGGCAGGACACCACAGUUCAUAAGACCACAUGCACCUCCCAGGACUGAGAGGAUGGCUGUUGAUCAGGACUGGAGCAGUGUUUAUCCAACAGCAGCUGCGUUUAAACCUGCCUCUGUGCCUCUCCCAAUUCGAAUGGGUUACCCAGUGAAGAGAGGAGUGCCUCCACCAAAAGAAGGCAACUUAGAACUUAUAAAGAUUCCCAAUUUUUUGCAUCUUACUCCUCCUGCAAUUAAGAAACACUGUGCAGCUCUUAAAGAUUUUUGCACUGAGUGGCCAAGUGCUUUGGACAGUGAUGAGAAGUGUGAGCAGCAUUUUCCCAUUGAAAUUGAAACGGUAGAUUAUGUUUCUUCAGGGACAUCUAUUCGUAACCCCAAAGCAAGAGUGGUGACUUUAAGAGUUAAACUUUCUAACCUGAAUUUGGAUGACCAUGCAAAGAAGAAGCUCAUUAAACUUGUAGGAGAGCGGUACUGUAAGGAUACAGAUACGCUCACAAUUACGACGGACAGGUGUCCACUAAGAAGACAGAACUAUGAUUAUGGCAUACACCUCCUCACAGUUUUGUACCAUGAAUCUUGG